AAGCUCAGUUCAAAACAUCCAAAGCGUUUCGCAGGUGUCAAUGAAAGUCAAAUGUUUGGAUGUGAAAGAUUUGUUUCUCCUUGCGCAAAGUUUGAGCUCGAAUUAUAACCCUUUGGCUGACUCUUUUGUGGCAUCGGUCUGGCAUGGCAGCGUAUAGGAAAGGUGCCACAGGAGGUGCGAGGAAAAAGGCUGGCCCGAAGACAGAGCUGACGGAGGAGCAGAAGCAAGAGAUCAGAGAAGCGUUUGAUCUGUUCGAUAGCGAUGGAACUGGCACUAUCGACACAAAGGAACUCAAGGUUGCAAUGCGUGCACUUGGCUUUGAGCCCAAGAAGGAAGAAAUCAAGCGCAUGGUUGCGGACAUUGACAAAACUGGCUCAGGCACGAUUGACUUCAAUGACUUUCUUCAGCUGAUGACGAGCAAGAUGGGCGAGAAAGAUUCAAAAGAGGAAAUCCUGAAAGCUUUCCGGUUAUUUGAUGAAGAUGAAACUGGGAAGAUAUCAUUCAAGAAUCUUAAACGUGUCGCCAAGGAGCUUGGCGAAAAUCUUACCGAUGAAGAACUGCAGGAAAUGAUCCAGGAAGCGGACCGGGAUGGCGACGGUGAGGUAAACCAGGACGAGUUUCUUCGCAUCAUGAAGAAGACGAGCUUGUACUAGACCCCUGUGCACGCCGUCCCGCUCUACACCCCUGUGUACGUCCCGGCUCGCUCUACACCCCUGUGUACGUCCCGGCUCGCUCUACACCCCUGUGUACGUCCCGGCUCGCUCUACACCCCUGUGUACGCCGUCCCGCUCUACACCCCUGUGUACGCCGUCCCGCUCUACACCCCUGUGUACGCCGUCCCGCUCUACACCCCUGUGUACGUCCCGGCUCGCUGUAAAACACUCCCUUAGGGUUGUGGGUAACCUGCAAAAUUAUAUUUUCCCGGAAGUCAUGAAACAAAUUGAUAUCGGCUGGCCUGAUGUUUUAUAUUAGCGCUCACCCUCUACAGCCUUUGUUGAUCAAUGUGCGGUAUGCUUUUUUUUUAGUCUUAAUGUAUCCUCUCAUGCUAGAUGCAGCGCUGUUGACACUGUUGUUUUUCUCAACGCGUUCCUACUCAGAAUACAAUCAUGAUGAAAUGUGAUCGAAGGUUGCUGUUCGAGGCAAACGAGGUCCGUUCUUCUGUUGUCAUGAAAAUUCAUAGGAUAGUGUAUAUCAGUUAGGACUUUUCAACGUAGCAUAGUUUUUCAGAAUUCUGUUGUUCUUGUUUCUCUCUUCUCUAUUAGUAUUUUGUUUCCCUUUCAUCCACCUGAACUUGCUCACGCCGCUCUCUGCAUCCAUGCGUUCUUGGACCUUUGACUGUUUUGAAAACAAGAAUAUUUGCCAUUAAUUGGCCACCAGCA